UAAUAUCUAUCAUAUCUAUCAUAAAAAAUGCAAUUAUCAUCACUUUCAUUUUGGUGGUUAUUAUUAUUAUUAUCGGUAGAUUAUAUAUAUGGUGGGGCUGAUUAUUAUUCAAUUUUGGGAGUUUCGCAGUCAGCAAGUUCAAGAGAAAUUAAGAAAAAAUACAAACUAUUAUCAAAAAAAUAUCAUCCGGAUAAAAAUCCCGGUGAUAAAGAUGCUGAACAAAAAUUUGUCCAAUUAGCCGAAGCUUAUGAAGUUUUAUCAGAUGAUAAAAAACGACAGAUUUAUGACAAGUAUGGGGAAGAAGGAUUAAAACAACAGAGUCAAGGAGGUUUUCACAAUCCAUUUGAUAUAUUUGCUUCUUUCUUUGGUGGAAACCAUUUUGGUCAUCAAUCACAAUCUGAAAGACAAGGUCCAAGUACUGUUAUAGAAUUGGAAGUGGAACUAAAAGAAUUAUAUUUAGGAACUCAAGUUGAAGUUGAUGUCUCGAAACAAGUUAUUUGUGGAAAUUGUAGAGGAACAGGUGCAAAGAGAGCGGAAGACGUUAUAACAUGUAAUGCUUGUGGUGGGCGUGGAGUGAAAGUAGUCAAACAACAACUUGGACCUGGAAUUUUUCAACAAUUUCAUUCUACAUGUGAUUCAUGUGGUGGUAAAGGUAAAAUUAUAAAAUCGAAAUGUCCGGUUUGUAAUGGAAAGAAAGUUCUACGUGGAAAUGAACAAUUAACAAUAAUAGUUGAGAAAGGACAAGUUGAUGAUGGGACAAUUGUAUUUGAGAAAGAAGGUGAUGAAUCACCCGAAAUAAUUCCUGGUGAUAUCAUAUUUAAAGUAGUGACAAUACCACAUUCAGUAUUUGAAAGAAAAGGAAAUAAUUUAUACGCAGAACAAACAAUAUCAUUAAUAGAUGCACUUACUGGAUUCGAAAAGAAUAUUACGCAUCUUGAUGGUAGAAACGUUUUGCUAAAAAGAGACGAGGUAACGCAACCAGGAUUUGUUCAAACUAUUAAGAAUGAAGGUAUGCCACAUUUUAGAUCGACAACCAAUGGUGACUUAUAUAUACAGUACACUGUUGUAUUCCCUUCCAUAAUAGAUGAUUCUACCAAACAAGGGCUAAAGGAUCUAUUCAAACAUACAGCCACAAGUACUACAAGUAGUACUACAAGUAGUACGCAUGUCAAAGAAGACUUAUAAUAUCAAAGAAAAUCAAUAGAAAAUUAUUUAAAAUAGAGUAUUAAUACAUAUUAUAUAUGCAUUAUUUGGUCCUUUAUAAUUUUACCACAAUUUCAAUUUCAUUGUAUCAUUCCAUGAUAUCAUAACAAGCAAAUCAAUCCAUUCAUCUUAUGUAACUUGCAGAAUUUAAAAUGUACUCCUAGAAAUUAAUAUAGUUUAAUUCUUAAUAUCGA